AAUUGAAUUUCACGACAAAUAUAUGUAGUUGGCGGAAAGGCGGAUUGUGCACAGUUCAAUGAUUAUUUUUAAGCCAAAUCAUUGUCGCGGGUGCCGGAUGCCGGGCCAUCACAAAGCAAUCGGAAAAUCAGCGGAUCACAAAAAAGUGACGAAAACCAAGGCCGGUAAAUAAGAGGAUCGGUCAGUUCAUAACAAAACUUAUGUAAGAUCGCUCGCGUCAUGGUUCGUGUGACGCGCGUGUGUGUGCUCGCGAUGAUGUUGCUGGCGUGCCGGGGGCAGCCUGAGGGGGUGCUGUCGGCGAUCGCUGACACCACGCGGCAACUCACAGGAGCAGUGGUGUCCCAACCACUGAUCCAAGUGGUAGCUCAGGGCGCGGGCGAGAUCCUAGCCAGAACCGUGUACGACGUCACUAGACUCCCCGUGGCCGUCGUGAGAGCCCUCGGCGGCAACGGUAACAUCCCCGUCCUAAUCAAUGAAAACAACAUCGCAGAUCAGGCUGACAAAAUCAUCGGCGAAUUCAAGGCCGGUUUGGGGAAUGAGGAUGCUGUUCUGAACUUUGAGGAGCUCAUCACCAAAUAUGGAUACAAAGUUGAAAAACACGAAACGGUAACUGAAGACGGAUACGGGCUGACGAUGUUCAGGAUUCCCGGGAAUGGAUCGGUAGUAUUCCUCAUGCAUGGUCUACUGGGAAGCGCUGAUGACUUUGUGAUCACUGGUAAAGAAAGCAGCCUUGGGUAUUUGUUGGCGGAUGAAGGCUAUGACGUGUGGUUCGGCAACGCUAGAGGGAACAAGCACUCCCGCCGUCAUAACGAAUUGGAUCCAUCUGAAUCCAAAUUCUGGGAUUUCUCCUGGCAUGAAAUAGGUUACUUCGACCUCCCGGCUAUGAUUGAUUACGUGUUGAACACAACGAAUAAGAAGACCCUGAAAUACAUAGGUCAUUCGCAAGGUACAACCAGCUUUUUCGUGAUGGGUUCGGAGCGGCCAGAUUAUAAUGACAAGAUAGCACUGAUGAUAGCUUUGUCUCCCGGUGCAUAUUAUACGCAUGCCGUAUCGCCCUUCAUUAGGCUAACUGCGCCGGCGAGUGGUUUCCUAGGGAUGAUCGCGCAGGGAAUUGGAUUGCACGAGGUGCUUCCAGACGGUCCUCUGAUACGGAUAUUGAAAACGAUUCUUUGCGGCACCGGCCCCAUUGCGGAGAUCAUGUGUUACAAUCAGCUGUUGGUAGGCUGCGGGUUUGGGUUCGCGGAGAUGAAUGUAACCAACUUGCCCGUGAUCAACGGACACACACCAUCGGGAGCGUCCUUGAAGCAAGUGCUGCAUUACGGUCAAUUAUUUAACUCUGCCGAUUUCCGACAGUACGACCACGGCACAACGAAAAAUCUAAGAGUUUAUGGGAAUGAAGUCCCUCCGAGUUACGUUUUAGAGAAUAUAAGUGCUCCAGUGUCGUUAUUCUACAGCGACCACGAUUGGUUCUCUCACCCUACUGACGUGGACGCCUUGUAUCAGAGACUGAGCAAUGCUGUGGAUAUUCACAAAAUACCUCAUCCACAAUUCAACCAUUUGGACUACAUUUGGGCGAAAAACGUGAAGACGUUAAUAUUCGAUAGAGUUAGGAAAUUAUUGGACGCAUUUGAUAAACCACAAAAUUAAGAUGAAAUAAAGAAUAUUAUAUUCUUAUAUUCAGUUUGUGUCUAUUUAUUUAACUCUGUUAAAAUGACUGUAAAAUGUUUUAAGAAGACAAAAGAUGAAUUUAUUUGUGAAAAUACUAAUGUUUUACAUAAAGUGAUGUUAAAAUAAAACUUGCGACGACUUGAGGUAUGCAAAUUUAAAUGGAGAACAUAUUGUUGUUACACAGGAACACUACAUUAUUACAAUGGUGAUAUCAUACAA